AUGGCGUUAACAAUCAAGCCAUCAAAAGCCCUCAACGAGUUCAUAAAAGCACUGCCAGAAAAAGCAGAUUAUCCACCAAACAUAAAAGAGCUCUGGAGGUCUGGAGAAAACGUCAUGCUCACCAACUUGGAUCUUAGGUGGAUUGGCAAUUACAUCAGAAAAAUGGAGAGUCCAGAAGUGUAUCUACAUGAAUUAGUGAAAGGCUGUGAUAUUGUCCUGCCGACCCCACCAUCAGACCCUCCUAGAAAUAAAGAGCUUGAAGCUCGGAUUGUACGAUUGCGUAAGGCACAAGAGCAGCGACAGUACAACAAAAUGAUACAAAACGUUUUUCGGACACCCGAAGGCAAGGAGGAAUCAUUUGCCGCCGAAAUGAAACUCAUCAACUCGCAGCUGAUUGAAGUGCUUGGAUUUGCUGUAUCGUUGUUUGCAGCCUUCGCUUUCGGAUUUACGGGGAUAAACUACAUGAUUGGACCACUAGACUUUGGCAUCCGAGCUCUUUUGGGCGUUGUUUCUGCAUUAGUUGUUGCCGUUGCUGAACUGUACUUCCUUGCUAGGGUUCUUGGUGAUUACGAAUUUUUCCAUUUCCAAAAGCAAAAAAAAAUGAAAACUUCUUAG